GAGAAAUUUAAUUACUAUACUGACCAUGACAAAGUUGUCCUAGGAAUCUCCAAAAUCAAAUUAGAAUAAACUUGUGUUUGACAUAGAUAUGUCGAUAAAAUCAGAGGUUUUAACAAUAUUGUUACAUCAAUGUUAUUAUGAUUAGAAAACAUGACAAACAAACAAUGUAUUUACCAAAGAUAGCACAUUUCCCAUCUUGUUUUGGUAUAUAAACAUCUCAUUUCAUGUUAUUGUUGGUGAAGAAAUAGUGACUAAAAAAAUAUGGCUGCACUAGAAAUCUUGUCAACUUUUUUGGUUGUUGUUCUUGUUGUUGGUGCUAAUUUUUAUGUGUGUUCUGCAUCUCGUUAUGUUUCAGCUCCUCUUUCUGUGUCUCCUUCACCCUUGUUUGGUCAAAUGCCACCCUUAAAGAGGCCUCUAGUCCCAGCGCGUGUAGCACCAUCCAAGCUACCUUCAACUCCCACCUUCCCUAUACCUUUUCCAAGAAAAAAUCCUCCGCCCUCACCUCUCAUUCCAGGCUUACCUAUACCAUUAGUGCCUCCAUUUCCAGGAUCGCCUAGUUCUCCAUCCUCUCCUCUAAUUCCAGGGUUGCCUAUACCAUCACUGCCUCUAUUUCCAAGAACUAGUCCAUCAUCCCCGCCUCUAGUUCCAAGCUUACCUAUACCAUUAGUGCCUCCAUUUCCAAGAUUGCCUAGUCCUCCAUCCUCUCCUCUGAUUCCGGGCUUGCCUAUACCAUCACUCCCUCCAUUUCCAAGCACUAGUCCAUCAUCCCCGCCUCUAGUUCCAGGCUUCCCUGUACCAUUAGUGCCUCCAUUUCCAGGAUCUCCUAGUUCUCCAUCCUCGCCUUCAAUUCCAGGCUUGCCAAUACCAUCACUCCCUCCAUUUCCAAGCACCAGUCCAUCAUCCCCUCCUAUAGUUCCAGGCUUCCCUGUACCAUCCGUGCCUGUAUUUCCAGGAUCUCCUAGUUCUCAUUCCUCGGCUUUAAUUCCAGGCUUGCCUAUACCAUCACUCCCUCCAUUUCCAAGCACUAGUCCAUCGUCCCCGCCUCUAGUUCCAGGCUUCCCUAUACCAUCCGUGCCUGUAUUUCCAGGAUCUCCUAGUUCUCCAUCCCCGCCUUUAAUUCCAGGCUUGCCUAUACCAUUACUACAUCCAUUUCCAAGAACUAGUCCAUCGUCCCCGCCUCUAGUUCCAGGCUUCCCUAUACCAUCCGUGCCUGAAUUUCCAGGAUCUCCUAGUUCUUCAUCCCCGCCUUUAAUUCCAGGCUUGCCUAUACCAUUACUACCUCCAUUUCCAAGAACUAGUCCAUCGUCCCCGCCUCUAGUUCCAGGCUUCCCUAUACCAUCACUACCUCCAUUUCCAAGCACUAGUCCCUCUUCUCCACCUCUAUUUCCAGGCUUCCCUAUGCCAUCCAUGCCUCCAUUUCCAGCCACUAGUUCACCAUCCCCGCCUUUCAGUCCAUUCUUCCCUGUACCAUCUAUGCCUCCAAUCACCUUUAUUUAGAGAGGCAAAUUUGUCGAGAAGCAAGCAAAACAUUCCAGGGAGCAUGUGUAGAGGAUGCAAAGUGUACAACUGCCUGCC